AUGUCGCCAGAAGCCCUUGGGCAAGGCAGUCCAAGUAGCACCUAAAAGGGACAGCAAGUGGCAGUGGAUCAGAGGAGGGACAAUGGCAGGGGCCUGGCGAGCACUCCUGCUGAUGGCAGGUGUGGCAGUAAUGGCCUGUGUGGCCAGACGCCAAAGCUACGAGGAGAUCGUCGCCCAGGCUUUGCGGGUCUUCAACUAUGGACGCCCAGGAAAGCCCCUCUUCCGCUUGCUGGAAGUCAUCCCACCAGCUGGCAAGAACUCCACCACCACAACGCUGCUCAGCUUCAGGGUUAAAGAGACGGAGUGCCUCUCCGGACAGCGGCCGCGGCAGCGGCAGCCGCAGGAAUGCCCCUUCAAGGACGGCGGGGAGGAGAGGAACUGCAACGGCACCUUCUUCAGGCUUAGGCGUUUCCGCGUCCUGGCGGUUGACUGCCCUCGGGUCCAAAGGCCCCAGCCAGAGGUCGUCCGGGAGAAGCGGUCUGCUGAGUCCCCUGGGGCAGCCACUCCAGAUUUCGACAGCUCCAAGGUGCCAGCUGUGGUUAGGGACAUGUAUGAGAAAGCCAAGUAUGACAUCAUCGCCGGUAUCCUGAGGAAUUUCUAGGGCUGGAGAAGGUGGAGAGGCCCCGCAUCCACACCACCACCUCCUCUUCCUCCCUGUUCACUUCCCCUGUUCCCAGCAGCACCCCUUUUCCUGCAGAGUCUGAGCCCAUCCACAUUCUUCUGCUUCUGCACACCUGCUUCCCUCCACCUGGGCUUCUGACCUAUCCUGUGUCUGUAAAUCCUACUCAUCCUUCAAGGCACAGGUCCAAAGUCACCUCCUCCAGGAAGCCUCCCUGCUCUCCCCUAGGCAAAAGUGUUCAUUCCUCAUCAGAGCAUCCACAACCCUCAAACCACGUGGCCAGACGGCACCGUGCACUCUCACAGCUGUGCCCUGCAGAGCCAGCUGCAGGUGGCAGUGGAAUGAGUUUAUCGGUGAGGUGCUCCUGGGAGGGGUGUCCCUUUUGUACAAGACCCUGAGUACCCUGCUCCCUGCCCAGUCACUGUGACAAUCAAAUAUUUCUGAAAUAAGUGAUUAAGUGUGCCCUGGCUGGUGUGGACCGAUGGAUUGAGUGCUGGCCUGCAAACCAGAAGACUGCAGGUUCGAUUCCCAGUCAGGGCAUAUGCCUGGGUUGCAGGCUAGGUCCCCAGUUGGGGGACAUGUGAGAGGCAACCAUACACUGAUGUUUCUCUCCCUCUCUUUCUCCCUCCCUCUCUCCCCUUCCCCUCUGCCUAAAAAUAAAUAAA